AUGCCUGACCACCUGGAGCCCUGCUGGAAACCUCAGCUUUCAAUUCCCAGCGGUCACCACACCAAUCGCUUCUGCCAGAGGGUUUCCCAGCUGCAGACCUCAGCUGCUGCUGCUGCUGCUCUGGUCCGAGAACAUCCGCGCUCCUCCGGUGUGCAAGAGACAUUGGAUUGCUGUAGUAUAAAAUGUUAUUAUUUUAUCAUGGGCAAGAAACACUGGAGGGGAUGCAAGCAGACCUGCCAGGAUUGCUGCUUCUCCCUUUUAAAGAUAGAUGAUCACAAUGAGCUGAAGCUCCUUCAGUUCGGAAUUUCUCCAAACAAUUACUGGAUUGGAUUGUCAUAUGAUAUGAAAAACAGUGAGUGGACAUGGACUGGCGAUGACCCAUCUACCCUUUGCCCAUUAUUGCUUUUACUCUUCAGAGACAUGGACAUAAGGCAUUUCAAUUUUAAGGAUGGAGCAUGUGUGUUUUUAUCUAAAACAAGACUAGAAAAUAUUAGCUGUGAUAGGGCCUACCACUGUAUUUGUGAGAAGAGGCUGGAUAAAUUCCCUGAUUCACUUUCCAACAGGAGUUAAAGGUAAAAAUGAAAUGUACAGGUUCUGGUUUAUUUCCUGUGAUAAUUUGUGACUCCUUACAAACAAGUGUUUUCAUCACAGGAGUUAGUCUGCUGUGAAAACAGAAAGAAGAGCUGGAAGAGGUUGGGAAUGGCCUCUGGAAUCUGACUUGACAGAGGAGAGGCCAUCUUUCUUCCUCAUGGGGACAGAACAGAUCUUCUCUGAUGCAUGGACAUCUUUUGCCCCAAAGCACCAAGGAAUCUGCUCAGUCUGUUUGCCUAAAUUUCCAUAGAACUAAAUAAAGGGCCCUAAUAAACAGCCUGAGUAUUUCACAUCAAUAAGAUAAAUCAUCUUAAUUGAAAAAAAUUCAGAGCUAGAAUAUAGUUGUAGGCUUCAAUUUCUCAUUUGUUAGUUGAUUACUAUUUUGUUUUGUUUUUAUUUCAUGUAGAACUUCUCAUUGCUACAAACAUGUUUUUCUAUUAAAUAUAAUUUCAAAUUUGGUGAACAGUUGCAAGGAUUGUUCAAGGAACUCUUGAAUAUCUUUUAUCCUAGACAUCAGUUGUCCUUCCUACCUGUCUUUAAUCCAUCUAUCAUAAGUUGAGGCCUUAUAGAAAUGGUGGUAAUAACUGAAGUUGGCUAGAUAUAGUGGCCUACAUUUGUAAUCUUGGCAAUUAGGAGGCUAAGACAGAAUUGCUGAAAAAAAAAUGAACACAAUGAAAGCCUAUGUCAUAGAUCCAAAUAAACCAGACAAAAUCCAGGUGCAAAUGUUCCUAAAUAUUUUCCAGGGACAACACUUUAUCUUAUACAACCCUACCCAAAUGAUCAAACUCAGCACAUUUCAUAUUGAUACAGUUAUUUCUUCUAAUCUGGGAUGUGUGUACAUAGCCACUGACUGUAUAAUGUCAUUCUAGAUAUUUCCUCUACAUUUAGAUUCACAUGCAUUCAGUGCUGAUGUCAUUUUAGUGUCCUUUAGUCCUUAGUAGUUUUCUUUCUUUAAUGGUUUGUGUUGGUUU